AUGAUUUACUCUUCUGGAAGGGAAUCCUACUUCAACAGGAACUCCACCUGGUAUGACCCUGCGGGCUCCUGGCUGGACACCCGGCGCACCCCCUUCACCUAUGCUUAUAGCACCUGCUGCAGCAGUGGUUGUGGGCCAAGGGGAGGCCAUGAUAACCGAUGCUACGAGUAUCGACGAUCGGGCUGUGCUGAGAAUUGCCACGGGUCAUCAGGGUCGUGCCAUGGCAGUGGAGGCCACUGCUGUGUCAGGAGGCCAUCGUACUUCCAUGGAUCCUCCGGAGGAUGCCACGGCCAUGGGUGGUCGGUCUGUUCUGAGCGGUCCUGCCACAGUUCUGGAUCGUCAUGCCACGGUUCUGGAUCGUCAUGCCACGGUUCUGGAUCGUCAUGCCACGGUACCUCUGGAGCAUGCCACAGUGCACCAAUUUAUGUGAAGCCAAAACAACAUGUGCAACAGUGCUGCCCUCCAGUGCAGAAGUGCUGUCCACCAAUGCAACAGUGCUGUCUUCCAGUGAAAAAGUGCUGA